GAUGCUGAAAUUUGGAGGCCAAAUUGCUCCAAUGGAAGGAGCUUUGAAGAAACAGUUAUUCCAUUUCCAUGGUGGAGUUGUGUCUUUUAACUGCAAACAAGCAACAAAGCACCAUAUUCGAACUCCAUCGAUUCGCCUGAUGUCGUCGACAGGCAUAACUGAGAACUUGAGUUCUUCAGUCCAUCUGAAACUGUUUAAAACAAGAAGUGAACAAAGAGAUGCUGUCAAGGUUUGUGCAGUUAGGAGGAGAAGGAUAUAUCACAAUAGUGAAACUUAUGUAUUGCUGGAACCAGGAGAGGAUGAGAAGUUUGUUUCAGAGGAAGAGUUGAGGGCUAAGUUAAAAGGUCGGCUGGAAAACUGGCCAGCCAAGAACCUUCCCCCCGACCUUGCAAGAUUUGAAAGCAUUGAUGAUGCUGUUUCCUAUCUAGUGAGGUCUGUUUGUGAACUUGAAAUCCAUGGAGAUGUUGGCUCAGUCCAAUGGUAUGAAGUUCGAUUGGAGUGAGAAAAGCGUUCGAGCCUUAGCCCCACCCCCCAUCAAUUGUUAUGCACACCCAUAUAGAAGCACGAAAUUGAGGCUGUGUUUCCAUGAUGGCAUUGGCCAAUAUGCUUUGUAUGUAGCUAAAGAAGCUCAGCAACUUGGAGAAGUGGUUAGUGUGCCUCAAAGAAAUUGAAAGUUUUUGGCUCAAGAAAUUGAGAAUGUGACCACAAAUUGUAAGAAUUUGCAUCCUCUUGGGUAGCUUGU